CAGUGAAGUUAAACAAUAUUGAAACAACAGAGAAACAGCACAAUAUUCCGUUUUGGCUUGCCAGGCUAAGAGUGUUUUGCAGGUUUGUUAUCAAUAUGGUUCAAACUACAAAGUAAUGCCCACAAACUGUUGUUUCACUGGCAUUAUUUCUUAGCUAAUGAUUCAUCAAAGCAUGACAAAGGUCUGUGUGACCAUAUACUAAUACAAAUCCGCUGCUGGGAUUUAUAUGAAUGCUGGCCUAUCAUCAAAGUAAGUAAAAUCGAAAGUUAAUGUUUGACAUUGAAAGAGGGCUUAACAGAACAUAGACGCCAUUUCAGGGUGUGAGGUGUGAACAUUACAGAAAGAAGUCCCCUGAACAACUGGAAUAGCCACAUUUAUUUAUUUAUCCUAUUUAUUAUCGUACUUUAUUUAGUAAAAAAGUAAAAUAAAGUAAAGUGUAUUUUCUAAUGAGACUUGCAUAGGAAGGAUUUUCUUUGCAAAUCGAAGGACACUAGGAUACUACCAGAACCGUGACAGAGAAAAUGGCAGACAGAUCACUCCUAGAUCGUUUCCUGUGCUGUCAUAUUUGUUCAGAGACUUUCAGAGAGCCUGUUUCUCUGGGCUGCAACCACAGCUUCUGUUCCAGCUGCCUGGACAAAUUCUGGGAUCAGAAUAAAAACAAGAACUGUCCGGUUUGUAAGAGGAAAUGUUCUAAGGGCUUAGGAAUUAACUAUUCACUGAAAGAGCUAGCUGACUCGCAUGCAGGGAGAGAGAAAGCAGGGGUGUCCAGGGAACCGAGGAAUGAUAGUUAUCCAAAGGAUGACAGAGAGAUCAUUUGUAGUAAACAUACAGAUGAACCUAAGUGGUUCUGUGAGGUGGAGCAGAGAGCUGUCUGUCACGAAUGUGAGUCUCCUGAUGGUCACGGACACAAAAUCAUUCCCUUACAACAAGCAGUGAAAGACCUGAAGGAAAAUAUUACAUCUGAUUUAGAGUCACUGCAGAACAAGCGUACCAAACGUGAAGACAUAGAGGAGACAUACAAUGAAAUAGUGCAAUACUCCAAGAAGCAGCUGGUAUCCACAGAGAGACAGAUCAGGGGGGAGUUUGAGAAGCUUCACCAGUUCCUGAGAGAGGAAGAGAAGGCCAGACUGGCUGCACUGAGGGAGGAAGAGGAGGAAAAGGGGAAGAUGAUCGCCAGAGAGAUGAAGAACAUUCAGGACCAGAUCACUUCUCUCACACAAAGCAUCACUGCUGUGAAACAUGAGCUGCAGAAACAGGAUGUGCCAUUUCUCAAGAGCUACAAACACAUCCAGACAAGCCUUAAUGCCCAGUGCACACAGCUGGAUCCACAACUGGUCUCAGGUGCAUUGAUAAACGUGGCCGAACACCUGGGCAACCUGCAGUUCAGAGUCUGGGAGAAGAUGCAAGGGAUCAUCAAGUACACUCCUGUGAUUCUGGACCCCAACACUGCUGAAUGUAGGCUAUAUCUGUCUAAUGGUCUGACCAGGUUGAGACAUUUAGGCAAAAAGCAGCAUUUCCCUGACAACCCAGAGAGGAACACAGAGCAUGCCCAGGUUCUGGGCUCUGAGGGGUUCAGCUCAGGAAAGCACAGCUGGGAGGUGGAGGUGGGGGACCACCCUCACUGGUAUAUAGGUGUGGCCGAGGAGUCAAUCAACAGGAAGGGGAAGGCAUUUGUAACCCCUGGGUAUGGAGUCUGGGAUAUACAGCUGAGGGAUCAUGAGUAUAAUGCAGGAGGUAAGACUCUUUCCCUGGAGAGGAGUCCCCAGAGGAUCAGAGUGCAGCUGGACUAUGACAGAGGGGAGGUGUCCUUCUAUGACCCAGAAGACAUGACACACAUCUACAGUCAUAAACACAUGUUUACCGAGAAACUGUAUCCCUACUUCUCUAAUGGAAAGGCUGGGGAUGCUGACAACCGUCAUAUACAGAUCUGCCAAUCAGAGGUGUCUCUGACAGUGAAGUCAUAACAAUGAGGUGUGUGUGUGUGUGUGUGUGUGUGUGUGUGUGUGUGUGUGUG